GCUGUCUCCAAAGGGACGCAGCGUUGAGUGUUUGAGCAGCCAGGCGGCCAGUGUGCAUCCCAGGACGCAACAUCAGUGUAGCUGGGGCUCAACUUUCAGCUGAUCGCUUCACUUCAGACGCUGUUGGGAAACUUACAACGAUGGGUUGCUUUGAGUGCUGCAUCAAAUGUUUAGGUGGGGUGCCGUAUGCGUCACUGGUGGCUACAAUCCUCUGCUUCUCUGGCGUUGCCCUGUUCUGUGGAUGUGGCCAUGUGGCUCUCACUGGCACCGUGACCAUCCUGGAAACCUACUUCUCCCAGGUCCCCAGUGACCACGCCAUGCUGACUGAUGUAAUACAGCUGAUGCAGUAUGUCAUCUACGGCAUCGCUUCGUUUUUCUUCCUGUAUGGGAUCAUCCUGCUGGCUGAGGGCUUCUACACAACCAGUGCAGUUAAGGAGCUGCACAGCGAGUUCAAGACCACCAUCUGCGGACGCUGCAUCAGUGGAAUGUUUGUGUUCCUCACGUACAUCCUGGGUGUGGCCUGGCUCGGUGUGUUUGGUUUCUCUGCCGUGCCGGUCUUCCUCUUCUACAACAUGUGGUCUACCUGUGCCACCAUGAGGUCUCCCAUUGCCAACCUCACCAACAUUGACUCCAUCUGUGUGGAUGUUCGUCAGUACGGAAUUAUCCCCUGGAACGCCACACCAGGAAAGGCCUGCGGAUCCACGCUAGGUGACAUUUGCAACACCAGUGAGUUCUACCUGUCUUAUCACCUCUACAUCGUAGCGUGCGCCGGAGCAGGAGCCACUGUGAUCGCUCUGAUCCACUUCCUCAUGAUUCUCUCAGCAAACUGGGCCUACCUUAAGGAUGCCAGUCAAAUGCAUGCCUACCAAGACAUCAAAAUGAAGGAAGAGCGGGAGCUGCAGGACAUCACCUCACGCUCAAAGGAAUGCCUCAAUUCAUACACAUAAGGAUAUUACACACUCCCUGUCCACACACACACACACACACGUAAACACACACACACUGCAGCGGACCACUGUGGCCCCUUUGGACCAAGACAACACUCAGCUAAAAUAACCUGCCAACUGCCGUGACACUGUGCAGUACUAACCAGGCUCCUAACAAACUAAUGCAUCAGUCUUUCUGCACUAACAAGUGUUUUGGAACUGCUACUUAAAAUUUGAUUUAUGCUGUUUUUAUUUUAUUUUAUAAUUUUCUGCAGCAGAAAAAAGCAGUUUUGAUUUCUGAUUAAGUGUUUGAUUUUCUCUCGCCCUUUUUAAUAGCCAGUUUUUUGCUGGUGAAGCUUGAGACAUUGCACUAUUCUUGUACAACGCAUCAUAACGAUGACAUUUUUGUUCUUGCUCUGUCUUUCUGUUAAGCUGUGGUGGCCGGUUUUCCAACAAGGGAAUCUAACAUUUUAUUUGUUUGCUCUUUUUUUUCCAAUCAAAAAAUAAUUAUACAUAACAUGUAAGGCCUUACAUUGAGAGUGGGUGUGUCACUUUUAGAUAGCAUGUCACGAGAGCCAUCAACUUAUAAUUUACUCACACAAGACUUUGGCAUGUCACAAGAUGUUUUGCUUUCACUUCACAGUAUGAGGUAAAAAUAUAUAAUGUGGACAAAGUUCUGUCGUAAAAGUGGUGGUAUUUAAAUGCAUCUAAAUCCUUGUGAUAAUCUCAGUGUUAAUAAUUGGUCCUAGAUUCUAAUUUUCAUUCUAUAGCAACUUAAAGGUAACUGAGAACAUUCAUGGCCUACAUUAACACUACCUCAGAUGUGCACUAGAGUUUAUGGAACAAUUUAACUGGAACAAACACUUCUUGAAAACCCGUAUCCAACCCUGUCUCCUAAAAAUGAUGUUUCCAUACAACGAAACUGCAUUCUCGAUUAAGUUUUAAGGGACAUACGACAGAUAACUUACGUCAUGAAUGUAACUUACUUGUGUUCUUAAGUUAUGACAGUAAUACUUAUUUUAACCCCAUCCAUGAUCUUUUCAGAAACCUAAUUAAAUAGGUUAAACCACAUUUCAAACAACAGCCAUAAUCCGAGAAAAAAAUGUUUCCCUCGAAACAUAAUUGUGAAUCCAGUGUCGUUGUAUGAGCAUGGAUGGAUUACUUAGCAGAUCUACCAACCACAGGCCCAGUGUAAGGGGGCCCCUUGGUCUUCACUUACAAAAUAAUGCUCAACAGACACGUAACAACUAGGAAGAGACUCAAAAUGACCUCUAAGAGACUCAAAACUAUGACAAGAGGCAAAACAACCACAGAAAGACGCAUAAUGACUGCAAGAAGAGGCAAAACAACCACAGACAAACAAAUAACUAUAAAAAGACUGACACCAAAUUACCAUAGACCUGCACCAUGACUACACAGACCCACAACAACAUUAAAAAGCAGCUAAACAACUAGUAGGAAAGACUGUCUGUUCUCAGGGGCCCAUUGUCUCAUAAGCCGACCAUGUUUAUAGAAAUGUCAUUUAUAGGAGACAGUGUUUCAUAAUCACACAGACCGGGAGCUCCUCUACACAGUAUCACAAUAUUUAAUCUCUAUGGAUAAUGCCAUCAGAAUAACUUGCUUGCUAAAUGUGAACCGCUGCCAAUAAUUAGAGCGAUAGUCAAUGUAUUCAAUAUCUUAAAAGUUUGGUCCAUGUAUAUUCAUUUAUGCAAAUGAAAAGAUCAAGGCUUGCCAACACAGAGUGCUCUCUGAUCCUUCGUGAAUGCUUUUUAGCUCAUUGUUUAUUGUAAUAUCUCAUCAUAUAUUGUAUUAUAUGAUCAAGAUUUACUUGAUUUUUGAAAACUCUUAUAAAACAAGUGUAACUAUGUCCCACGUGCAUUGGUACUAUGGAGAAACCUAUAGAGCUUAGGCUGUGAAAACGUUAACUUGUUAUAAAUCAGGAUUUUUUUUUUUUUGUAUUUUCUUUUUUUUUUUUUUUUAAGAUAAACCACUUCAUUUUUGUUCUUAAUUUUCUAUUAUUGCACCAGUUUGUGAUGUGCAAUUGUCAUAAUGCUGAUAUAAUUACUCAUGUAAUCUUUUAUUUCUAUUAGUUGAGUUACAGGGAUAAGUUUCUUUGUUGCAUGAAGACAACUGUUUCUGCAGUGACACACGUGAUGUACGGUUGUUAUGCUGACAUCAGUAGUAGGCAGUGUUUGCCUGUUUCCUUUUUUUUCUAAAUGAAUACAAAUAAUACAAUUUAUGUAGCUGAUUAGUUAUGAAUGUUUUUUUUAGGUUCUUUUAUUCAAGUCUAAAGUAUACGAGUCUUAUAUUAUUGUUGCCUGAUAGUAUACCUGUAUUUUCUACGAAUGUCAAGGGCUUCCUCGUGAAUUACUUUUAAAACAACUUUCAAAUAACAUUUAGUCGCAAAACCAGUCAUUUUUAAAAUUGUACGGCAAUCUAAAUGGUAAAUUUAGCCAAAGUAUGAAUGCCAAUGUGACUCUCUUUCCCGGUGUUUUACACAGUAUCUGUGAGAUAUUGUAGUACAAAAACCUGCAUAGUUCUCUGCAGGGGUAAUAGCCAGAGGUGUACAGUGGCCGAGGAGAAAGAUGGCACAUAUACAUGAAUGUACAUCUCGUCUCAUCUUCGUAUGCCGUGUUUCCUGUUGAAUGAACCAAAAACUAAACAUAAAGGCUACCUAUCAAUCACCAGGAGGACAACAAUCCAGCAUCCUGUCUGACUGGAACCCCCCUUAUGACGACGUUACUCAACUGGCCUGUUGACUGUUUUUAUGAAAAUAAAAAACAAAAUAAAACUCA